UUGAAUAGCCGUGGCCACACGGGGCGAAAACCCUAGCGCAAACGAAAAAAUUAAUGUCAAAACGGUUUCGCGUAACCCUUACACGCUGUCAAACUUUUAUACGUCCGCGGACUUUUUCGCUGAACCCUUGACGCUGUCAAACGCUUUAUUAACGAAAAGGUAGGUUUGUUUUUGUGAUGUUUUUUGCAUUUUUAAUUUAAAUAAAACUGAAUUUCAGCAAGAAAAUGGAUCGCCUGCCGAGAAAGGAACACGAAAAGCUGAACCCUGAUCAAUCGCUGAGGUUGAUUGAACAAGUAAAGAGGUUUCCAUGUUUAUGGUGUAAAACGACAAAAGACUACAAGAAUAUAAACAAACAUGCGACGGCGUGGGCUAAAAUAGCUAACGAGCUCAGCAUCAGCGAGAUGGACGCUAAGCAGCAGUGGAAGAACCUUCAAGCCAGCUUUCGUGUGUACAGAUCAAAAGUGAAGAGAAGCACAGUAACGGGGUCAGGACGCGACGAAAUUUAUACACCGCGCUGGUUUGCCUAUCAAUCCAUGACGUUUCUCUCCGAGUCUUUGGACGUCGUCAACACAACUGAUACAAUUGGACUAGCGCGGCCACCACCAAUGCAAUCGACAGACACAUCGCAAGCUGUCUACAUCAUCCCUGAUAUAUCCAACUCCAAUAGCCCAUCGAUAGAUAUAUUUGACUUUAAUGAUCCUGAUGAACCUGAUACACAAAAUACCGACCGACCACAAAAUACAAGACCUGCCCCCACUGCUGCCUCAACAGCUGGAAGAAGACAGCGUCGAAACCGUGAUACCGAUAUGGAUGACCAGCUUGCAGUUUCGCUGCAGGCUUUAGUAGAUGUCACUAAUCUACAAAUACAGCGAACAUCAUCCAGAAUAGCUAGUAACGUUGCUGAAUGGGUAGACCAUUUGGAUAGCAGCAUUCAAUCUUUAGUAAUAGCAAAAUUAUAUCAGGCGAUGCAUGCAAUAGAAGUUCAGAUGAGCGAGCUCGAUCUCAAUGACAUAACAACGAGCCAGUAGGAUCUACCGUUUUUUUGUCUUUUGCAACCAUUAGACUGAACCUUUUUUAGUCAUUUAUUAAUAAGCUUUUUCUUUUCUCUUCUUAUUAGUAGGGUUAAGUUGUUACAAGCUAGUAGAUCCGUCGUUGCUUUGGUCAAACCAUAAGACUGAACACUUUCAAGUCAUUUAGUUAUAAUCACCGAUCACUUGUUAACGUUUUAAGUUCUUACCUUUACGUAGUCCUGCAGCGCUUCCAUUAAAGCCUCGCAUACAUCAGGCACGAUCUUCCCGAUAGCUUGUCUGGAUACCUGUGAUGAAAAUAAAAGUUGAAUUC